CCGCGCAUGGUCUUCGCGCGCGCGCGCGCGAGAAAGGGAGAGAGAGAGCGAGAGAGAGGAGAGGAGUGGCACGGAGAGGAGAGGAGAGGAGAGGAGAGGAAUAAAAAGUUCAGUUCAGAAUAAUGGCAGCGACUGCGUGGCUAUUAUCGCACGAUAAGGAGGAGGUCGAGGACCGAUUGGCCGCUUAAUUACAACGGACUGCAAAAUUUUAGCGGCCCGCUUGGUAUUUCUGCUCUAUUUGACUUUUUAACAGAGUCGAAAAUGAGCAUCUCCCACGAUAGUGCUUCCCCUAUCGUCUGCAAGGAAGUCUUCGAUGAGAACUCCCAACCCUCCGAAAAAGAAGUCCUGGACCACGCGCGUCGACUGGGCAUCGAUCCGGACACCGAGCCACACCUGCUCAAAUUGGCACGCGAGGGACUUAUGGCAGCAUUGCCUAAAGGCUGGACCCCACUGUUCGAUGAGAAUUCAAAGACCUUUUAUUAUCACGAACGAUCAACAAACAAGACCACUUGGAAUCAUCCACUUGACGCUGUUUAUAAGGAACUGGUUGCGCAGGCUCGCGCUGCCACUAACCGACGUCGGGCGAGCGUCGACGACGAGCCAAAGCUUGAGGAGAGUGAUAGCGGUGGAUUGCCCCCAGCAAUUCAACUCAAAUCUCCAUCGACAAGAAUCCCAAUGAAGCUGGCACCAUUAAAGCGACAUAGGAGCGAGCCACGUAGAUCUGAGAACUCACUCGAUCGCAUAUCCAGAACUUGGAAGAGUGGUGACGGUGAAUCCACUUCUGGUCGGACUUCGCAGUCGAGUGAACGAGCCUCUAGAGACUACACGAAUUUACACUUCCAGGAUCCUGAGUUUUAUGAGAGCCCUAGAGCUCUUGAUUUUGGAAUUAAAAAGUCCGAGCUCUACAACGUACAUAAAAGAUCGGAGUCGCUGAGUCCCCGUCACGAGGCAGAUUGGCAAAGUUUGAGUGGCCGUUUCAGCUCAGACGAAAAUAUCAUCGACGUAAAUAAUCUGAAAGCAACGAUAAAAGUGACGACGCCUACGAGCAGUGGCCCCGCGCAGCAAAAGCAGCAACAACCAAAGGAACUAACUCUCAGCGGUGGUGGAUCGAUUUUCCUCAAGAGCAAUAGGAGCCGCGACGUGACGCCUAUCCACGACGGACCAAAGCUUCUCGAUGAUAGUCUACCGUGGACAAGCGGGCUUACCGCUUUGACUCCUGGCUCUGGAGAGGAAAUGAGUACUUCUGCUGGCGAGAAGCUUAAAUCGAUUCUAAGGGAAAAGGCUAGUGAAGAUGAUGAUAAACAUGCCGAUGAAGAGCGUAAAAGUGUGCGUUUUGAUUUGCAAAAAGUGGCCAUCCAGUCGUCCGUGACGAAGUUUAACUAUAGUGGCUCUGACGAAGAUGAAAGCGGUGACAGUCAGUCCAUCGAGGAAAGAACCGGUAGUCUGUCGUCAAUCACAGCGGCUAAGCGAGCGGCGGCUGUCUUAUCGUUGCAACAGGUGCUCAAUCGCCAAGGAGGUGCUAAAUUCAAUGUCAGCAACUCUUUUGUCAAAAAGGUUGACGUCGAAGUCAAUAAGUCAAAGGUCGUGGCUAGGCGGUUUGUUGUGGAAAAUGUCUCGGAGGAGGAGCACAAACAGCAGAGUGAAGAUAGAUCGAUUGAUAUUGACGACGAAAUGGUGCCGAAUAAAUUUUAUAAGAUCAAAAAUAUCGAUUUAUUAUCUAAGAGUGACUCGGAGAAAACAACUCCUCGAAGCGGGACCGAAUCCAAGUCGAGUUUUCUAGAUGAUUUACGUAAGAGUAAAGAAAUAAUGCUAGAAAAUAUGAGAAAAUCUGAAAUAAAAGUCCAAAACACAGAAGAAAGCGAAACUUUAUGGUCUAAAAAUGUCUUGAAAACUUUGGAAUUCUCGAGAGAAAAUAACAGACAACCCAUAAUUGAGAAUUCUGCUUUGACGCUGGAACUAUCAAAGAACAGCAUGAUGAAUGAGCACGCAGAAGAGCUACGAAUACUCAAACAAGAACUCGAUACUAAAAUCGAGAAAACAAAAAAGUUCUUCGAAGAUGAAUUUAACGAACAGAAAUUAUCACUGGAAGCAAGUAUAAAAGAGAGACUGAAAGAGUUACAAAAAGAAAUGUCUGAAAAGGAAGAAAAGGAAAUUCAGAAGCUCGUAGCUUAUAUGGAUGAAGCUCGAAGUGAAAAUCUGAAGAAGGUUAAAAAUGAGCUUGAGAUGUGUUAUGAAAAAGAACGACAGGAUAUUUUGAUGAAUUUGAAAGGAGAGCUUGAUCAAAGGAAACGAGAAUUAUUAGAGAUAAGAUCACAAGAGAUUACAAAGCUCGAAAGCGAACACGAAAAAGAACUAGGUGAUGAGAAGGAGAUUGUAAAACAGCACAAUGAAAGGAUUGAACAAUUAAAAAAGGAACUAGAUGCUGAGUUUGAAAACAUUAGAACGGAACUAAAUGAACGAAAAAAUGAGAAGAUUACAAAAAUGAAAGAGGAGCAUGAAAAAAUUCUUGCUGAUAUUGUCAGAGAGUUCAGAGUCGAUGAGGGAUCAGUUCGAAAAGUAUAUAAACAACAAUUAGAACAAAUUCGUGCAGACUUCGCAAAGGAGAUUGAAAAAGAAAUGAAAAACCACAAUGACUCAGCUAUUCGACAGGAGACAGUAGAUUUUGAGAAACUGCGUUGUGAAAAACGUUUGCUUGAAGAUAAAUAUAAUACUCUUAAGGAAAAGUAUUUAAAAAUGAAGAAAGAUAUGCGUGCUGCUAUUGAAAAAAGAGCUAGAAGAAAAGAACAACAAGCGAACAUGACGGCUUCAGAAACCGAAAUGUCUACUUCAACUCGUACACGAACAGAACGCACGGAGUCGUCAGAGCACAAAUCGCCGUUAACGAAGACAAAUUCCAUCUCGAACUCGAAGCCCAAGGAGGUUCCCAGUCAAAAUCCUAAUGCGCUGAAGGCUCAAGUCGACUCACAACCUCUGCAACAUCGUGUUGUCUUCACGGCAGCGGUCAAUCAAGUUACGACAGUUGCCAGUGUCACUACUGCUCCCACAAAAGCACAAAAGUUUGAAUCCGACGAUACAACGACGUGCAGCGAAACUACCUCUAAUCUGAUGAUGAGCAAAAAGAAAAAGGUUUUAACGAAAAAGCCUAGUACUGGAGCCAAUAAGCUAAACAAUAAUCUUGUAGACAAUCCAGUUGAAAAUAUCAGAAAGCAACUGGAACAACUUGAAGAUAUUGGCGAUCAGUUGCCAAGUAAUGAGACAGCCUAUACUGUACGCUACCCCUUCCAAGAUAAAUCGCCAACCAACGUACCGUCGGAAUUGGAAUUCUUCAGGCAUCGUAUCCACGUAGAACGAGACUCUGUGAAAAGAGCUCGAGAGGCACUGAGGCAACAAAAGAGUGCUUUCCAGAGUAGGCAGAGGGCGUGGAAACAACGAAGUGCUAGGGCCACUUUGGAGCAGCUAGUCAAGGAAGAACGCGAGCUUUCCGAUAUGGAAGUGAGUUUGCAUCGAACGCGUAGCCUUCUCGGCGAGAAGAUAAUCCACUUGCGUCACUUGGAGCAGUCUCUAGAGCGAGUGGCGAACGCGCGGCGCAACGAGAAUGAAAGCGCCACCGCUGUUACGAAGAGCGACGACGUGACGUUAAGUGAUAUGUCAAGCGCAAGCAGCGGCUUUAGCUCGACCGACUUGGGAACGGAUACUUUUAUCGACAAGUACUCUCAUUAUCAAGAAUCAACGGAAAUCAUAGCGAGUUUGGAGAACCUUAAUUCGGAAAUUCGUGAGAUUUGGGGCGUAUUGAAUAAGCGCCAAGACGGCGGUAUGCCACCGCCACCACCUCCCACACUCUUGUACACCGAUCUCUCGUGGUUUCCCUAUCAGCAUCUCACCAAUCAAGCCACCAGUGUACCAGCAGCAUUCGGCACCCCAAAUAUUCAGUCGAAUUUGCUUUCACAGCUGACGGCUAACCACCCACCAGGCACAACUCAGAAUAUAAUUGCCCAGUACGGUCCAAGUAGUGGUUAUACAACGAGCGUGGGUACAGUUGAGAGUGCGGCGGCUUCUAGUCUUAUAGAGCGAACUCGUAAUCUCAAAGACUGGCUUCGCCAAGCGCGAAUCGAGACAUCAGAUCUCGUAAGCCCUGGCCAGGCAACUCUCUAAAUGACACUUUAAUAAAAAUAUGCUAACACGGAUAUAAGGAUGAAAGUAAUUCUCGAAAAAUCGAGUUAGAAAGAUCUCGUGUGUUUGGCCUAAAGUGUACUUGAAAUAGUGCAAUAUUUUUUUUUUGAAAAGAAAUGGAGUGUAUAGUGGAGAUGUCACCAGUACAUUUAUAUACAUAUGUAUAUAUAUAUAUGCGCGCGUGAGUAUAUAUAUAUAUAUAUGUGUGUGUACAUAUUAAUAAUAUAUUGUUAGAUAAAAAUUUUAUUAAGAAAUGAACGUUGUUUAAUUUCAUGUAAUGAAUUGAAUAUCGUAAAAAAGAGAAUUAUACGGCUGAGUAUUUGAUUAAUGAAACAAGUUAUCGCACAUAAGAUUUGUUCAAUUAGUAAUUUUUAACAAUCUCUGAUAGUCUGAGAUGAUCUGGCAGAAUCAGAUCGAAAACUAAACAACUUUUCAUGAAACGUAACCUAUUAAUUGUACGUAAAUUAUAAGUGAUUCAAAAACAAAAAAAAGUUAUACAUGAAAUUUGAUGUACUAAUUUAUUUCUGCUUAUACCUUAUUAUAUUAACACAUAAAACCUAUUUAAUAAUUUUUACAGCGUCUUUUUUUGGUAAAUAGAAUCAUAGUUUUUGAAUAUUUUGUCGCCAUGAUAAUUUUAUAUAUAUUUAUUCCAAAUUUAAUUCUGUUCUAUUUACCAAUAAUUAUCUAAUACUGUCAAAAAUUGUUGAAAAUUCAUAUUCGAACAAAUUUUUAGAUAAAAUAUUUUCUUCGUAUUAACUUGUUUCAUUGAAAUUCAAAAGUCAAUUGACUUCUAAAGAAGAGGAAUGAUAAUCACUUUAUUUUAAGUGUUUUUAAUUCAAUAUUGUUCUAAUGAAUUUCUAGUUAUCGUAAUAAUUUAACUAUUUAAUGUUUGGGAAAAUAUUUAAAUGUAGUGACCAAGUAUAUGAAUUAGACUGAAGAUACAGACAUUCUUUGAAGGGACUGAUACCUAUAACAUAAUCUUAAAUGUCUUAUUAUACAUGAUAAAGAGAAAGUGACAAGUUUCUGCGAAUGUAGAAAUUAUAAAUUGAAUUAAAUAAAUUUAAGAUAGAGAAUUUCACAAUAAUGAUCAACGAUCUUUUGUUAAGAGAAUAAAUGCAAUCACAUGAUAAUAAAUAGAUUGUGUACAAUAUAUAAUUUAGCAUUUGCAUGGAAUAUAUUAUUCCUCGAGCUGUAUUUAAUUUUCGUAGAAACGUAAUAUUUGUAUUUAUAAUAGAAAAUCAUGUUUUGUCGUAUGACUGAUUAAUAAUUCAAAGAGUGCGAAGAUAUUACUUCGUUGUAUAAAAUGUGAUAUGAAAUUAUUGUUUAAUAUAAAAUGAAUUUUAUGAAACUAGUUAUUUGCGUAAAAUAAAUGAGAUAUGGUUUGUUAAAUAUAUAUCGAAUUAUGGAAGACUUUUUAUGCAUCUACUUUUUAACGUUGUACAUACAUAUUUAUUCUGUCAAUUCCUAACGUGUAAGAAGUGAUAUUUGUAUUUAUAAUGAAUAUUAUUUGAGUUAAUAGAGAAUCAUGUAAAUAGUUUGUUUCGUAUGAUGUGUAUUAGAAUAAAUAAUUUUUAUUUAUAAAUUUAAUAUUUCUAGAGAAACGUGAAAAUAAUCGAUGCCAAAUUCAUAAAUAUAUAUGAUAAUCUAUUUAUUCAAAGUUAAUUGUUGGAAAUUAUAACUAACUAAUAUGUAUCUAGCAUAGUUCUUCAGAAUAAUUUAAAGAAUAAGAAAAUCUGUACAUUACAAAUAAAAAGUAUCAAUGUUGUACUAAAUAAAUAGAGUCACUAAUGAUAUCGAGUAUGAUAAAUGAAUUUGUGUAAAAAGCUUAGAAUCAUCAUGGACAUGAUAGUUACAAUAUAAAUUACUACAAAAUACGCGCACGUACACACACACACACACACACUUUAUAUAUACUGUGGAAGUAUAUAUAUUUAUAUUACGAAAGAAAUAACUGUCUGAAAUAUACCAGCUUAAAAAAUGGUAUAAAUACUUUAGUGUUACACCAGUAUAUAUAUAUAAAUUUUAAAAGACCCAUGCCAAAAAUUUUCUGAAUAUUUUCUGUACAAUUUGUGGGAAAUUUAAAUAUUACAAUUUAUUACUAGUCCACGAAAAUAUGUAUCUAACAUGAAUUACUGAUUAAAAUAACUAGUAUUUCGAAAAGAGAUGAAAAUCUAUAUAUGAAUUUAAUCAAUUCAAAUAACCUAUGUAAUGUAUCAUUAAUAGGUGACCUAGAUAUAUACGUCAAGCUUCAAGUAUUGAAGUCAUAUUAUUUAUAUAUAAUCGUAUCCAUAUUAAUUUAUAAUAUAUAGAAAUAUUAAUAUUUCUGAAGAAAUUAAACAUUUCUUUUACAAAAAUUGUAAAUAUUUUUUUGAAAUUAUUCUUAAAUUUCAGUAUCAGAACAAAUCAAAAUAAAUAGGAACAAUUUAACUUGAUAGUCUGGAAAUAAUAUUAAAUCAUUUAAAAUAUGAAACUAAUAUUUUCAAUAAAACAUGUAAAGUAUUUUUGUGUAAAUGCAUUUACAAUUUUAACGUUAUGUUUAAUUAUAUUGAUUCCCUCCAUAAUAUAAUUG